UUAAAGUGUUUUUUUCCAUAAAUUCACAGAUAUGUACAGAAUAUCCAUUUCUAGUCCUAAACUAUUGGCAAAAACCCAGCAACAAUUUAAUAAAAAAGGUCCAAUGAAUAAGUCAUUAAGCAGGCAGAUAAACCAAUAGAGAACCUUAAGUUAGACUGGAGGGAAGGCAGGAAUGAGGAGAUGUUGGUUGAAGAGUAAAAAAAUUACCAAGAUCUGGGAAUCUAAUGUACAUCAUGGUAAUUAUAGCUAAUAAUACUAUACUGUAUCCUUGAAAGUUGCUAAGAGAGCAGAUCUUCAGUGUUCUCUUUGCAAAAAAGAAAUGGUAAUUGCUUGACAUGAUGCAGAUAUUAGCUAAGACUGUGUUAGUAAUCAUUUGUAAUGCAUGUAUCAAAUCAACACAUGAUAUGACUUUACUUCAUACAAAGUUUUAUGUCAAUGGUGUAUCGGUAAAGCUGGGUGAGGGUUAAAUUGGAGGGGAUCUUUGUGACAAAAGGAUUAAAUCUGAAGAUAGAGACACAAAUUAUUUUUAUGGACACUUUAAUCCUGUAUGAACUGCUCUGCCUUUUAAGUUACUCUGCUAUAAAAUUCCCAUGAUCUCAUUUCAGAGAAAGCAGAGGCUGACUUGACAGGACUGCUAUUCCCUUCAGCAAACUCAAGCUUUUUAUACGUUCCCAUUUCAACACAUGAUGGCUGGAGCUCCUGACGGGGCCAUGGUGAGCGAACAGCACAUGCCGGCAGAAGUUCCAGACCCCGCUCCUGCUCAGGAACCUGUACAAGAGACUCCAAAAGGAAGGAAAAGAAAACCCAGAGCAACGGAACCAAAAAAACCAGUAGAACCCAAAAAGCCUGCUGAGGCCAAAAAAUCUGGGAAGUCCACAAAAUCAAAAGAAAAGCAAGAAAAAAUUACAGAUACAUUUAAAGUGAAAAGAAAAGUAGACCGUUUUAAUGGUGUUUCAGAAGCUGAACUUCUAACCAAGACCCUCCCAGACAUUUUGACCUUCAACCUGGACAUUGUGAUUAUUGGCAUAAACCCAGGACUAAUGGCAGCUUACAAAGGGCAUCAUUACCCUGGACCUGGAAACCAUUUUUGGAAGUGUCUGUUUAUGUCCGGCCUGAGUGAGGUCCAGCUGAACCAUAUGGAUGACCACACUUUACCAGGGAAAUAUGGUAUUGGAUUUACCAAUAUGGUGGAAAGGACAACACCAGGCAGCAAAGAUCUUUCCAGUAAAGAAUUUCGUGAAGGAGGACGUAUUCUAGUGCAGAAAUUACAGAAAUAUCAGCCACGAAUAGCAGUGUUUAAUGGAAAAUGUAUUUAUGAAAUUUUUAGUAAAGAAGUUUUUGGAGUUAAGGUUAAAAACUUAGAAUUUGGACUUCAACCCCAUAAGAUCCCAGACACAGAAACCCUCUGCUACGUUAUGCCGUCAUCCAGUGCGAGAUGUGCUCAGUUUCCUCGAGCCCAGGACAAAGUUCAUUACUACAUUAAGCUCAAAGACUUGAGAGAUCAGUUGAAAGGCAUUGAACGAAACACAGACGUUCAAGAGGUGCAAUAUACAUUUGAUCUGCAGCUGGCCCAAGAGGAUGCGAAGAAGAUGGCUGUUAAGGAAGAAAAAUACGACCCAGGUUAUGAAGCAGCGUAUGGCGGUGCUUAUACAGAAAAUCCAUGCGCUGGCGACCCCUGCAGCUUCUCCUCCAGGGGGCUAGCUGACAGUGCAGAAUCAACUUUCGGUGACUUUCCAAAUGGGCAGUGGAUGACCCAGUCAUUUACAGACCAGAUUCCUUCCUUUAAUAAUCAUUGUGGGACGCCAGAACAGGAAGAAGGAAGCUGUGCUUAAGAGUGGCACUUCUCAGCUCUGCCUCAGUGCCACCAUUCUGUCGUCAAGAAGUGGCCCUCACUUGGCUCACUGAGGCAUUUUAUUAGUACUUUGCUCUCUGAUGGGAGGAUAGUACAGUUGCGUGAUAGAAUCAACUGUAUGAACCUAAGUAAGUUGGGAAGGAAAAGGUAGGGGUUUUUUGUGUAUGAGUUUUUGUAUUUGAAUUAACCAUCAUUCCAGCUUUUUAUAAACUAUACUUCGUUUAUGAAGAAACUGAUUCUCCUUGGGGAGUCACUUUUAAUCUGUAAUUUUAAAAUGAAACAGUCUGAAUAUUUAUACUUGAUUAUUAACUGUGCAUAAACUGAGAUACCCAUGAUUCCUUUUAUGCCUAAGAAGGGCAUGCUAGUAAUAAUUACCCCUGGUAAAGAGGCAGAUGUGUUCUUUUUUGUAUAUGAAGUCAACCCACAGUGGAGUCUCAUUUGGUAGUUUUUAGCGGCGUUUGAUGGGCUCCCUGAAGCGUAGUCACGUUCACACCUCUUGGCCUCACCAGUGGGGAGCGUCUGUGAGAGAUGCCCAGCAGGGGAAACGCAAAGUGCAGCCUCCAGCAGCAAGGCUGG